AUUACUGUGAUGUGAAAGACAAAUAAACGAGAAGAAGAAGUGUAAGCAGCAGAGGCAGAAGGCAAGCAUGGCGUAUUCGGCGAGAAUUGGCCCUUCAAUAUUGAGCAGUGAUCUGUCACAGCUCGGCAGGGAGUGUGAGAGGAUGAUGGAGUGCGGUGCCGAUUAUCUGCACCUUGAUGUUAUGGACGGGCAUUUUGUUCCUAACAUAACAUUUGGUCAUCCGAUGGUGGAGUGUUUACGACACACUAUUGGUCCAGAUCCAUUUUUUGACAUGCACAUGAUGGUGUCCAGACCAGAGCAGUGGGUAAAGCCCAUGGCAGCAGCAGGGGCAAAUCAAUACACUUUCCACAUAGAAGCUACGGGCAACCCUGGCAACCUCAUCAAAGAAAUCAGAGAGAGUGGUAUGAAGGUUGGUCUGGCCAUCAAACCUGGAACGACGGUAGAGGAAUUAGCACCAUGGGCUGGACAGAUCGAUAUGGCUCUUGUCAUGACAGUAGAGCCAGGCUUUGGUGGUCAGAAGUUUAUGGAAGAUAUGAUGCCAAAGGUGAGUUGGUUGAGGAGUCAGUUCCCAUCUCUGGACAUUGAGGUGGAUGGUGGAGUUGGCCCAGACAGCAUUCAUAGAUGUGCUGAGGCUGGAGCUAACAUGAUCGUAUCAGGCAGUGCAGUGGUGGGCAGUGAUGACCCCCGCUCUGUAAUCGCCCUCCUCAGAAACGUCGUUAGCGAAGCCAUCCAGAAGCGCUCUUUGGACCGUUGAUCAUCUCAACUUUUUACCUUGAUCCAAUUACAGUCACCACUGAUAUUCAGCAUUGCUCCCACCUUUGAGAUUCAGAUUUAAUCUACAGAUACAUGGUUAUUGAGAGUUCAGUGGUGCUUGUGAAUGGACGUGACUCGGAAUAGGAUGUGGAUUUAUUUACACGUCUAGAAACCCUGCAAUGACUCUUGUUUGGAUUCAACAGGCGUUUUAGAUCUUUAUCACCUCAAAGGAACUGCUCGAGUUCAGACAGAAUGUCUCGGUUGUCUCCCCAGUGACAACAAUUUGACCAUUCCUCUCUUAAUGAAAGUCAUUUGGUUUGUCUGUCAAAUUAAACAAAAUUCUUUCUUUU